GCAGCUGUGAUAACCGUGGCUCUACCAUAAUAUUAUUAUUUUUAUCAUUUACUUUGUUAGUUGUUUGUGAUAUAGGUACCUAAUACCUAUUAUACUGUCGACUGUAAUUUUAACUAAAUAUUAWACUGUAAUGUCGUCAACUACAAUGUACGUUAUUUUUUUCUAUUAUUUCGUCGUGAAUUACGACGGUAAAUGCARUCGUGCCCGACCACUGACUGAGUAMUGACUGAUUCUAUUUGUCAUUAUCCUUGCUCAUCGCUGUCGUCUUAACAGGCACCUAYCAUUAAUAAAAACGAUCGCAAUCAUCUUUUCGGGUCGAACAAAGUUCGAAAAAAGUUAUUAACUGUCUUCGAAUGACGAUGACGACUGCUGAACCGUGUGAAAGGUCCGGCGAAGUGGCCGCCGCUUGAUCGCAGAACCAUGACGGCGGCGUCGAACCAUGGACCGCGCCGGACAACCACCGCCGCUCAGCGCCUCCAAUAUAACGCUGUCGGUGGACAGUUCCAAGGGACGUUUGGUGGUCGAACGGAUGGACUCCAUCAGGAACCUGUUCGGGUGUGAGCUGCAGAUCGUCAACGGUGGUGGCGGGACAUCCACGGCGGCGGUGGUUUUUGUCGUCACCAGGCUGGACGAAUACAAGGCGCCGGACGAUCGUUUGAUCGAUCGACUAAAGUGUUAUGUGGACUCGUUGGACGAACUGCAGCUGCAGACACUGGACGAGUGCAGCAACGACGAUUCCAGCUACGACUCGGAUUUUGGAGGCGACGACGAUGCCAGCAGUGGUCCACACUUUGGAGGCCAUCACGACGACGUCAGCCGUACCACGUCAGACACGCUUGGYGCCGAGUACGCGGAAUACGUUAGCGCGGCCGCGUACAAGUCGAGAGUGGACUUUGCACUCAAGCUUGGCUACACCGAACGUCUGGUGCAGACGGCGAUCAGCAAGCUGGGCCCCGAACCCACGCAGGAUCAACUGUUAGCCGAACUGAUCAAGCUCGGCGCGCAAUGCGGUCACAAGUUGCACUGCGAGUCYGACGGCGAAGAAGCGCAGUCGAAUAACACCAACGACCCGUUGCUUAGUCCUCAACCGCCCAAACUCCGACACAUCGUCAUCGACGGUAGCAAYGUCGCCAUGAGCCACGGGAACAAAGAGAUGUUCUCGUGUCGAGGCAUCAAAAUCUGCGUCGAUUGGUUUCGGAUGAGGGGUCACACGGACAUCACGGUGUUUGUACCGAAGUGGCGAAAAGAAGCUUCGAGGCCGGACAACAGGAGGAUCAUUGACCAAGAUAUCCUGACGGAAUUGGAGCGGGCCAGGAUGUUGGUCUUCACACCUUCCAGAGAAAUCGGUGGCAAGCGYAUGGUGUGCUACGACGAUCGGUACAUUCUGCGCUUGGCCUCGGAACUCGAUGGCGUCGUCGUGUCGAACGACAAUUACCGAGAUCUGGCCAACGAGAGUCCGGCGUUCCGUUCAGUCGUGCAAAACAACAUCCUAAUGUACUCAUUCGUCAACGACAGGUUCAUGCCGCCGGACGAUCCGCUUGGCCGUUCGGGUCCUACCCUCGACGUGUUCCUCCGGAGCAAAGCGCCAGGCGUCGGUCUGACCGCCGUCAGCACGGAGACGUGCCCGUACGGCAAAAAGUGCACGUACGGUAACAAGUGCAAGUUCAGUCACCCCGAGCGCGGCCUGCAGCCCGUCAAGUCCGUCACCGAGCGACUGAUGGAACACGCGCAACGGCAGGGUUCAGCCGGCCGACAGAUCAAGGGCAAGUCCGUCAGCCUGCCGCUGCAGCAGUCCGGCUGCAACAACCAGCAGAAGAAGCCGCUGACCAGAACCAUGUCCAACGUCCCGCCGGCGACCACCCACCACAAUCACUCCAACCACCCGCACUGGGUGGGUGGCGGUGCGUGGACGACGACUCCUCCGCCGCCGCCACCGCUGUCUAGUUCGAACAACUACAGGGGCCAGUCCGCCGAGUCGUCCGAGCCCGAAGACUGCAGCAACUUGCACCACAAGUUGCAGCGGCAGCUCACGCUGAACCCGACCUACGACCCGCGACUGGUUCACCUGCGGCAGAGCCAGCACUGCAACGUGACGCGGAUAGCGUCCGCGCCGCCCGUGCCCAUGCCGCGGCCGCAGCCGUCGAUGAACUUGCCGCCGCACACGGUGGUGGCCGCCAGCUGUUCGGACCCGCAGAUAUUCCCCGGUUACCACGAGGCCAGGCAAAAGCUGUACUACCAUCUGUCGUCGAUAUUCCCCGAGGAACAGGUGUCGGCGGCCAUGCAGUACUACCCGAACGAGACCAACCCCCAGAAGAUCUGUGCGGCCAUACUGAACAUGUUCUCGAAGACGUGAUGUGUSCAUGUCGUGCUCUGCGCGGGGACACCUACCGUGGUCCGUUCUCAAGUGAUUUUGUCCGACAAUAUAAUAUUAUAUUAGCUUAUCGACAAGACGGCGACACUCGAUACAAUGUAUCUGAUUAUUUGUGUGGAUUUAUUCUUAAAUCAUGUAUGAUAUUUGUAUAGACUAUUAUGUUAAUUUUGUACAUUGUGCUUAUUUUAAGUCGAUAUUUUUCUAUGUUUUUGUUAACCUGUGUCAAACGUGUAUGACAAAUCGCGGUAUUAAUAAUAAUAAGAUAUUUUAUUUUUUA